UGAGCUGGGCAGGCAGGCGGAGACCUCGACUGCGGCCUCCUGCCUAGGUCGGGCCCGCUUCUUAUUGCUCUUUUAAUAAAACCCGGCCCAACUGGGUUUGUAAAACCUGCGGCCCCCAGUCGGGGCGGCCUCGGUGGUAAGAUGGCGCCGGUGUAAGAGCUGCCUCCUCUUAGUGAUGGGGAAAGGGUCAUAAAUCCGUUGUUGUUUAUGAAAAUUUACAACUUUGCAAUACAACUUUAUGAGUUGUUCGGCCCUUCCAUUGGCCGCUGUCGGUCAUGUGGAUGGGAACCGUGAACAUGAACUUUUUUAUAAUUUCCCUUGCGAGAAUAGAGCCGCAUUCUUUUGCUCCGCUCGGUCCUGCCUGCUUCGGAGCUCUGCCUUCCAGCCGGGCUUGGCUGCGCUUUGUCCGGCGAUGGCGAGCCAGGCGAGGCCCUGGCCCGGCCCGGCCCGGCCGCUCCCGCUGGAGGUGGGGCGCGUCCAGUUCCCGGCGCCUCGGCGGCCGCUUUGCAACUCGCAACCUGGCUAAUUUCCUGCGUCCUCUGGCACCAGGAAGGAGGACAAUUCGUCUCCCCGGCUGCCCAAGCGACAGCUGUCAGAGGGGCAGGAGCUUCUGGGAGCCGCCAUCUGAAGCGACCUUGCCGAGCCCCCAAAAGAAGUGGCCCUGCAUUCUGCGUUCCCUAACCAGACUCUCGGGUUUGAAGUCCAACUCGGUCCUGGCCUGCAACCGGGCGUCCUACGAGUACGGGGCCUCGUGUUUCUAUUCUGAUAAGGACCUCAGUGGCGCCUCGCCCUCGGGCAGUGGCAAGCAGAGGGGCCCCGGGGACUACCUGCACUUUUCUCCCGAGCAGCAGUACAAACCCGACAGCAGCAGCGUGCCGGGCAAAGCCCUCCAUGACGAAGGCACCGACCGGAAGUACACGAGCCCCGUUUACCCCUGGAUGCAGCGGAUGAACUCCUGCGCGGGUGCUGUGUAUGGGAGUCACGGGCGCCGAGGCCGCCAGACCUACACGCGCUACCAGACGCUGGAGCUGGAGAAGGAGUUCCACUUCAACCGCUACCUGACGCGGCGCCGCCGCAUCGAGAUCGCCAACGCGCUCUGCCUCACCGAGCGCCAGAUCAAGAUCUGGUUCCAGAACCGCCGCAUGAAGUGGAAAAAGGAAAAUAAACUCAUCAAUUCCACACAGCCCAGCGGGGAGGACGCGGAGGCAAAGGCUGGCGAGUAGACGCCUGGGCAGGGACCAGGCCAGCGCCGCAACCUCCCUCGGCUUUGCCCCCUUGCCUUCGCCUGCUCCCCAACUUUUCUCCCCCGCCUGCUCCUCCGGGGGGCUUCCGCAGCUUCAGGGGAGUUGGGAGCUUUGCAAACGCCUGAGCAUUUAUUUCUUACCAAAAAAAUAAUAAUAAUAAUAAUAAUAAUACUACACACA